AGAUGGCGGCUACCGGAGUCCUGCCUUUUGUGAGAGGCGUUGACUUCACCCGAAAUGACUUCGCCUGUGGGAAGUUUCCCCAGAAUGUGGCCAGUAUGACUGGGCUGAGAUGGCUACGACUCAACAACACAGACCUUGAACAGAUGCCUAAGGAGCUUGCAAAUCUGAAGAAAUUGGAGCAUUUAUCUAUAGUUCAUAACAACAUCAAGAACUUGGGUCAGGAUUUGGGAAAUCUUCCUCUUCUGCAUGUAAUAAACUGCCGAGACAACAAGCUUGUUAAUUCUGGGAUUCCAAGUAAUAUCUUCAGCUUGGAGGACCUCCUCGUUAUUGACUUCAGUCACAACAAUAUCAAGGAGAUUCCCAUAGAACUGGAGAAUGCCAGGUCUAUUCUGGUCCUCAAUCUCAGUCAUAACAACAUUGAGAAUAUCCCCAACCCGCUGUUCAUCAACCUGACUGACCUGAUUUAUCUGGAUCUGAGCCACAACAAAAUAGAUACCCUACCCCCACAGAUGAGACGACUGGCCAAUCUACACACACUGAUCCUCAACAACAACCCACUUUUACACGCACAGCUCAGACAACUGCCAGCCUUGGUAUCCCUGCAGACCCUGCAUAUGAGGAACACUCAGCGCACCCUGGGCAAUUUCCCCACAGGACUUGACACUCUCACUAAUUUACAAGAACUUGAUUUGGCAUUCAAUGAUCUGCCGCGUGUCCCGGAGCCCCUGUACAAGUUGAGGUCGCUGAAGAGGCUUAACCUGAGUAACAAUGAGAUCACAGAACUCCCUCUUACAAUAGGUUUAUAUAAAACUGCCACUGAAGAGUGUCAUUCUUGGGGCAGUUUGGAGUACCUCAACUUAUCAAGAAAUAAGUUGAAAGCUUUGCCUAAUUCCCUGUGUAAAUUGGUUGAACUGAAGAAGUUGUACGUCAAUUCCAAUCAGCUAGACUUUGAGGGUAUACCAGCCAGUAUAGGGAAGUUGUUUGAACUGGAGGUGUUUUCGGCUGCUAACAAUAACCUGGAGACCAUUCCAGAGGGUCUGUGCAGGUGUGGAAAACUGAAGAAGUUAAUCUUGAACUGCAACAGGCUGAUUACACUACCUGAGAUACUUCAUCUGUUGACAGAUCUGGAGCUAUUAGAUGUCCAUGACAACCCUGACCUGGUCAUGCCUCCCAAACCAGUGGACUUGGUGAAGAAGAACUGGGAGUAUUACAACAUUGACUUCUCUCUCAACAACCAGCUGAGACUGGCAGGGGCUUCCCCUACCAAGGAACAAGAUGAGAAGCCAGUUCAUAAAGACCCCAUAGCUAGAAAACUGAGACUGCGUCGCCGAAGAGAUGGGCAAGAAAGUGAAAAAGUCUUAAAGGGUAUGAGAGAUGUGGCCAAAGACAAAGCUGCUGGUAUUGCCACAGCCAUAGAAGAAGAACAGAGAGAACCACUAAGACCAAAGAGAUGGGAUGAGAAUCUGAACAAGCCAGAGCUAGAUUACAGUGACAUAUUUGAUGCAGCUGUUGGACAGAUUCCAGGCAUUACUACCUGGGAAAUUGAAAACUUUUUACCCAUUAUUGUGGAUGACAGUUUUCUGGGGAAAUUCUAUGAAGCUGAUUGUUACAUCAUACUGAACACAUAUAUUGAUGAGUCGAACAGUCUGAAUUGGCAGAUUUAUUACUGGAUAGGUGCAAAGGCUACGCUGGAUAAGAAGGCGUGUGCAGCCAUACAUGCUGUCAAUCUGAGGAACCUACUGGGUGCAGAAUCUCGUACCUCUAGACAGGAAAUGAACGAUGAAGACGAUGAAUUCCUCGACCUUUUCGAUAACGAAGUUUCAUACAUCGAGGGAGGUAGAACAUCAAGUGGGUUUUACACAGUAGAAGAUACAGUUUAUGAUGCAAAGUUAUACAGGGCAAGUGGCUCUCAACGUAUUCACCUGGAACGGGUGGCAGUAUCCCCGUCUUCUCUGGAUAGACGCUAUGUGUUCUUCUUGGACGUGGGCAUGAAGCUGUUUGUCUGGGUGGGAAAGAUGUCCAAAGGUGUCACCAAAACAAAGACCAGGUUACUGGCUGAGAAGGUGGACAAACAUGAGAGGAAAGCUUGUGCAGAGAUCACCACCAUGUUACAGUACCAGGAGACGACAGACUUCUGGAAGGAGCUAGGAGGACCUCCAGAUGACCUUGACAUAAAGGAAACUGUGCCUGACAACUUUGUGACAAGAGAGCCAAAGUUGUACAAAGUUGGCCUUGGUAUGGGAUACUUGGAACUACCACAAGUUGAAGUUCCAAAGGGAAAGUUAACUCAGUCACUGUUGGAUACCAAAAGUGUUUACAUUCUUGAUUGCUUUUCUGAUAUAUUUGUCUGGAUUGGGAAGAAGUCGAUGCGUCUGGUAAGGGCAGCAGCACUCAAGCUGUCACAGGAGCUGUUAGGAAUGAUUGACAGGCCCAGCUUUACCUCUGUCACACGAUGCCUGGAAGGGACAGAGUGUCAGGUGUUCAAGACAAAGUUCUUCGGCUGGGACGAUGUGAUUGCUGUGGACUUUACCAGGACAGCGGAGUCUGUGUCCAGAAGAGGCGCUGAUAUGAAGGUGAUCAUGGAACGUGACAAGAUGAAGACUGACUUAUCUGCACUUUUCAUGCCUAGACAGCCUGCCAUGUCAGCCGAAGAAGCUGAUCAACUGGUGGAGGAAUGGAAUGAAGACCUGGAUGGGAUGGAAGCUUUUGUUCUGGAGGGCAGAAAGUUUGUCCGUCUUCCAGACGAAGAAUUAGGUCAGUUCCACAGUGAGGACUGCUAUGUGUUUCUGUGUCGGUACUGGGUGGUCCCAGAGUUACCUGAAGGUGAGGAGGAGGAUGAAGAUGACCCCCCAGAGGACGAAAUCAAGUGUACAGUGUACUUCUGGCAGGGGCGCAACGCCAGCAACAUGGGAUGGCUCACUUUUACAUUCAGUUUACAAAAGAAGUUUGAAUCUUUGUUUGGAGAUAAAUUGGAAGUUGUUCGCAUGCACCAGCAGCAGGAAAACCUGAAGUUUUUGUCUCACUUCAAGCGAAAGUUUGUGGUGUUUGAUGGUAAACGUGUGAAGCCAGGGGAGCCAGCUGAGAAGCCGCAGGUGUCACUCUUCCAGCUGCGUGCUAAUGGCAGUCCUAUAGCCACAAGAUGCGUACAGAUUCAGGUUAGUGCCAGCAAGCUGAACUCCUGUUUCUGCUACAUCCUCCAUGUUCCUUUUGAUACAGCUGACCUACAAGGCAUAGUGUAUGUGUGGAUAGGCCGGAAGGCUGAGCACAGCGAGGCUACAAUAGCAGAGGAAAUAGCCUAUGACAUAUAUGGGCAAAACCACACAAUACAGAUGAUCAAUGAGGGGGAGGAGCCCGAGAACUUCUUCUGGGUUGGUAUUGGUGGUCGCAAGAAGUAUGACAAGGACGCAGACUUCAUGGAAAAUGCCCGUCUCUUCCGCUGCUCUAAUGAGAAAGGUUAUUUUGCUGUUUCGGAGAAGUGUGCUGAUUUCUGUCAGGACGAUUUGGCAGAUGAUGAUGUCAUGAUCCUAGAUAACGGGGAGCAGGUGUUCCUCUGGGUCGGGAAGAAAACUAGCGAUGUGGAGAUUAAACUGGCCUUUAAAAGUGCGCAGGUAUACAUCCAGAACGUGAGAAGUAAACAGCCAAACAAGCCCAGGAAACUUCUCCUGGCCAUGAAACACAAGGAACAUCCGAAGUUCAUCAAGUGUUUCCAUGGCUGGGGGAAGCACAGAGAGGCACCAGUCUGAAUCUACCAUAGGUCAUUGGUAGAGUUUUCCAGUACACUGGGUUUGUGUAUGCCAAUACAUCUGUUACUGUUACAUGUAUUCAUGAUUCCUUCCUCUUGAAUUUAUACAGAUCCCUCACAUAGAGACAUCAUAUACUUAUUCUGUGUGACGUGUUACGUGGAUGGAUUUGUAUACAGGCUAUGAUUAUACACAUAUAAUUGUCUGCAUUAUUUUGACCCUUGGAGUGGAAAAGUGUCAAUAGCUUGCAAAAGAAUGUUGGUUUACCCCCAGGCAAUUCUGUUCCAAUGUCCAGAGUCUUACAUUAAGUGCUAUCAUCUGGGUAAUAAUGAGUUUGGCACAUGUUGUGCAUGCUCUGCUACCUGUUUUAGCAUUGCAAUCAUAUUGUUUAAGGUAUAAGGUACAUAUGUACGUAUUCAUAACCUGUUGACAAAUUUUCUUUAUAGAAAUGCUAUGUAUAUCAAAAGUCUUUUGAAAUAAUAAAUGUCUGACUAAUAUGUCGGUAAUAUGAAUUGAGAAAGUUUCAGUUGUGACGAGUAAUAAUAAGAAAACUGUAUUUGUCACAGGCACAAGAAUGUAUAAACAUUGUUUAUUGGCCUUCCUGAUGAGUUCAGAAAAGGUUUCAUAAGCUUAAUGUCUUUUUGAGCAUUUCUGCUAAAAUGAACAAAUUUAUUAAACAAGUGUCAACAUGCUUCCAGCAAUUUCUGCCAGGGUUUUAGAUCAGUAUAUUAAAAUUUGAUCAGAAUCAAGAGCCAAACUUUACUACACUGGUCAUGUUGAUGGGACAUGAAAUUCUCAGCUAUUGCUUUAUACAUGGAUGGUGCUGGACACCAUGUCAUUGUAUACAAGUACAUGUAGUUUGUAAAUAAUUUAUCAUGCUGGAUUCCUCUCCAGCCGUAAGUGGAAAGGUCUGGCAGCAACCUGCGGAUGGUCGUGGGUUUCCUCCGAGCCCUGCCCAGUUUUCCUCCCACCAUAAUGCUGGCCGCCGAAUAAGUGAAAUAUUCUUGAAUACAGAAUAAAACACCAGUCAACUAAAUAAAUAAAUAAAUAAUUUACCUAAAGCUAUGUGUACCAGGUACACUGGUAAACAACAUUGUAUAGGAAGCUGUAUAUACCUUAAUGUAAAAUGUGUUUAUCUCAGUGACUGCUUUUGCAUUUAUAUCUGCAUUUUGUGUGAUAAAGCGGAAAGUGGCAUGAGCUUACAUGUGCAUGUAUGUCAGAGUGGGUUCUGUGACUUUUGUAUUCACACAAAAAUAAUAAGCUGUGAUGUAGCCGAUGUUUUGUAUUUACCAAGUAUGUAUAGGACUAGUGUUAGGAAGUGAUUGAUGAGGCUUGGCUUUACACCUGAUUUCUGGAGGAUAAAUCAUUCAUAAUUUUCACUUGUACUUUGUAUAGUGAUAGGUGUGUCAUACGUUUUAUCAUGAAGCAUUCACUUGUAGCAUCCCUCAUACUUUCUUGGUGAAACUAGACUUGUUGUGUAAUCAUAUUAAGUUUGUGUUCCCGCGAAAUCUUUACGCAAAAUGUGUGCUGUCUAUAUAUUUUUGUACUUUUCUGUUCUAUUUAUUUCUUGUGUAAAUUGUGAUGACCUUAUAGGAUAUAAUCACUUUGUCAUCAAUCAUAAUACCAACAUUGUCUCAUUCUCAUUGUAAGAAGUAAAUAUGUAUCACUCCUCUUCCUA